GCCUGGACCCUACCUGUAUCUGGCCAAUCUAGUCACAUGUCCCUUCUGGUCUCCUGGGUGACGGUAAACGCAACAGGCUGGUUUGCUUCAUGGAGAAAACAGAGCGGUCGAAGAUUAAACUGAUCAGUAACCAGCCGUACGACGAAAGCUUGGACGUGAACGAUUCGGAGGAAAUAGCAAGUGUUUACACUCCAACACCGCGUCAGACAGCAUCCAGAUCAGCAACUAGAAUCAAAAAGCGUAACGUUAUGGCUACCAACAGCAGUGAUGAAUUUGAGGAGGAUGGAAAGCAGAAAAAGAAGAGUGUUCAAGGAGGUCAGCAUGGUCUGAGUGAGAAUGAAGAAGAGGAAGAGGAGGAGGAGGAUGAUGAUGAAGAUGAUUCAGAUGACUCUGAAUCAGAUGAUGAGGAAGGAGAGCAAGGGUCUGCUCCAGAGGGGGCAUAUGAUCCAUCAGACUUUGACCAUUUGCCUGUCACAGCAGAGAUUAAAGAACUUUUUCAGUACAUCACACGGUACACGCCACAGACUGUUGAGCUGGACCAUAAGCUUAAACCUUUCAUCCCUGACUUCAUCCCAGCAGUGGGGGACAUCGAUGCAUUCCUUAAAGUUCCUCGCCCAGAUGGGAAGCCAGAUAAUCUGGGUUUGCUUGUUCUGGAUGAGCCAUGCACCAAGCAGUCUGAUCCCACAGUGCUGUCCUUGUGGCUCUCUGAAAAUAGCAAACAACACAAUAUCACUGAACUGAAGGUGAAAAGUAUAGAAAACCCAGAGAAGAACCCUAAGGCUAUUGAGAAUUGGAUAGAAAGCAUAAGUGAGCUUCACCGCUCCAAACCUCCUGCUACCGUGCACUAUACCAGGCCGAUGCCAGAUAUUGACACGUUGAUGCAGGAAUGGCCACCAGAAUUUGAAGAGCUUUUGGGAAAGGUGAACCUGCCAACAGCAGAUAUUAACUGCGAUUUGGCUGACUAUAUUGACAUCAUUUGUGGUGUUCUGGACAUUCCUGUCUACAAAAGCAGAAUCCAGUCUCUCCAUGUAUUGUUCACGCUUUACUCUGAAUUUAGGAACUCACAGCACUUCAAGGCCUUGGCUGAGGGACAGAAGACUGACACCCCACCUGCUCCCCACACAGGCCCCACAGAAGCAGACACACUAACUCUUGAUUGAGGUCAAAAAGGGGACAGGAAGGAAUAGUCCAUCAGGCCCCAUUUCCUGUGUAAAAAGAGCAUUAUCUGUACAGUUCAAGCUAUCUGUUUACAUUUCUGUUUUUACCUUGUCUUACAUUUAAAGUGUGUAUAAAGAUGAUAUGAUACAAGGUAGCUAAGUAAACCAUUAUAUUGUA